ACGGUCAAACGUCAUCCAUCCAUUUAAGUUUUAUGUUUGGUGAGGUCGCAUCGUCUGCAGCAGAAGCGCGAGCGAUUUCUCAACUUUCGCUCGCAAUAAGUUUUUAAUUCGUCCAGUGGACAAAAACCGCCAAUUAGAUUCGUGUGAAAUUCUCCGGUUUCCAUCCGUUCAGUGAUCAGGAUCAAGAAAAUCAUCGAGGGAAAAGCGCCGAAACCGCAAACAUGGGAGUUCCAGCAUUCUUUCGCUGGUUGUCGCGGAAGUAUCCUUCGGUCAUUGUUGAGUGCGUGGAGCAAAAGCAAACCGAUGAACACGGAAAUCCGCUGUAUGAUGAUAUGACCCAACCGAACCCGAACAAGGUGGAGUUUGACAACCUGUAUCUGGACAUGAACGGUAUCAUUCAUCCUUGUACGCAUCCGGAAGAUAAACCGGCCCCGAAGGAUGAAGACGAGAUGAUGGUGGCCAUCUUCGAGUGCAUUGACCGUUUGAUGAAUAUCGUCCGACCGCGGAAGCUGCUCUACAUGGCCAUCGACGGUGUGGCACCACGAGCCAAAAUGAACCAACAGCGGUCACGACGUUUCCGAGCCUCCAAGGAAGCUGCGGAGAAAGCUGCUGAGGUGCAGAAGAUUCGUGACGAGCUGAGGGCGAAGGGAUGUAUUCUGCCUCCGGAAAAGGAGAAAGGGGCCCAUUUCGAUUCCAAUUGUAUCACUCCGGGAACGCCAUUCAUGGACAGGCUGAGCAAAUGCCUCCAGUACUAUGUACACGAUCGAAUGAACAAUAACCCGGGUUGGAAGGGGCUGAAAAUCAUCCUUUCGGAUGCAAAUGUCCCCGGCGAAGGCGAGCACAAAAUUAUGGACUACAUUAGGAAGCAAAGGGCGCAACCAGACCACGAUCCAAACACUCAUCACGUUCUCUGUGGGGCGGAUGCCGAUCUGAUCAUGUUGGGCUUGGCCACUCAUGAAACCCAUUUCACCAUCAUCCGAGAGGAGUUCCUGCCAAACAAGGAACGUCCUUGUGACAUUUGCCAGAUAAUGGGGCAUGAAAUGAAGGAUUGCACUGGGCUGCAAUCGGAGCGGGACAUUAAUCGGACGCCACCUCCCCCUGGGGCAGAGACGCAGUACAUUUUCGUCCGUUUGAAUGUACUUAAGGAGUACCUCGCCAAGGAACUGGACAUGCCCAAUCUACCGUUCAAGUAUGACUUUGAACGCGUAAUUGACGAUUGGGUGUUUAUGUGCUUCUUCGUAGGAAACGAUUUCCUACCGCAUUUGCCUAGUUUGGAGAUUCGUGAAAAUGCCAUCGAUCGGCUGGUUACGUUGUACAAGAAGUGUGUGUACAAGACCAAGGGUUACCUUACGGAUUCCGGAAGCGUAACGGUUGAUCGUGUCGAACUCAUUAUGACGGAUCUUGGCUAUGCAGAGGACGAGAUUUUCCGCCAACGGAAAGUCACCGAGGAUCGUUUCAAAGAGCGCAACAAACGCAUGAAACUGCAGAAGGAGCGAGAACAACGUCCCAAUUUUGAGCAAAUGAACAAAUCCCAGUUUGCUCCGACUCCCUUGGGACGGGGAAUCACUCCCCAGGCGAUUCAGAAUCCACGUCAAGAAGCUGCGCACUUCCGGAUGCUUGGCAAUAGCAGCAAUCAACAGCAGAGCAAUACCAACAACGAUCAGAACCGACGCGGUCAGAAACGUAAGGCGGAUGAACCCCUCACUCCUGCAGCCGUCGAAGAAGCAGAAACCCCCGAUGAGGUUCGUUUGUGGGAAGAUGGUUUCAAGGAUCGCUAUUACGAGUCCAAAUUCGAUGUUGCACCACAAAACAUGAAGUUCCGUCAAACUGUAGCAUGGGAAUACGUCCGUGGCCUAUGCUGGGUACUUAAAUACUAUUACCAGGGCUGUGCCAGUUGGGAAUGGUAUUUCCCGUAUCAUUACGCCCCUUUUGCGUCCGACUUCAAGGGGCUCAGCAACGUUAACACUCAUUUCGAUCGGGGCACUCCGUUCAAACCGUUGCAGCAGCUGAUGGGCGUGUUUCCCGCGGCCAGUAGAAAUCACGUCCCACCGGCGUUCGCCGAGCUGAUGGUGGAUCCCAAAUCGCCGAUCAUCGAUUUUUAUCCGAUCGAUUUCCACAUCGAUUUGAACGGGAAGAAGUUUGCCUGGCAGGGCGUGGCCCUGUUGCCGUUCGUCGACGAGAAGCGCUUGUUCAAGGCUACCGACCCGAAGGUCCCGUCGCUGACGCACGAAGAACGGUUACGUAACGAAAACGGCCUGGCUCGCUUGUACCUGUCGCCCGGACCAGACGCGUACAAAUUGGUCAAAGGUUUGUAUAAUGGCUCAGUGGACUACGAGCGCGAGGUUCCGAUUCUGGUUGACUGCAUGCGUGGUAUCGUAAUUCCGACCAAGGAAAACGUCACGCACGAUGGGGUGCUUCCAUCGCCCAUUCCCGGCCUGCAUCCGGUGUGCGAGAACAAAGUUCUGACGGUGAAAUUCCUCGACCCACAGUACGCGGAUGAUUUCGUGUACCCGGCCCGGAAGCUGGAGGGAGCCCGGGAUCAGCCCAAGGUCCUGGGAGCGAACGAGGGUCCGGUGAUCGGGUUUGGACAGCGAACGAACCGAGGCGGACUGGGUAGCGCUGGCCACCGGAUGAUGAACCAUUACGUUGGUAACAAUAGAGGAGGAGGAGGUGGCGGCGGAAGAGGAGGAGGCGGAGGCGGUGGACGCAAUGAUUACAGCAAUUUUUCGAGAGGUAAUAAUUCAUCAAAUAGCAGCAACUUCAACUCGUCAUCUUACACAGGCAACAGUAUGAAUACGUCAUCAAACAAUAACUAUUCGAACAAUUCGAAUUCUGGAUCGAGCGACCGCGGUGGUUCCAGCUCCGGAGCCAACUUGAGCGCCUUCGAGCAACUGAGCAGCCGUAUCAAUCAGUACCAGCAGCAGGUGAUGAGUGAGAUCUCUCGGAACGCUAGCAGUUCAGGAAUGAUGCUGCCAAAUCCGUUCGCCAAUCAGAUUCCUUAUGACUAUAACAGCAGGGAUCGGCAAAACAGUGGUGGAUAUCACAACCGCGGAGGCUUCCAGCAGAAUCAACGGGGCAGAAACGCUGGAGGCAAUUUCGGUGGCAAUCAGUACGGGCAGCGCAAUCAAGGUGGCCGAUUCAACAACAACUUCAACAAUGGAGGCGGAGGCGGUGGAGGUGGAAGCCGCUUCGGGCAGAACAAUUCUGGUGGCAAUCGGUUCAACAACAACCGGAGAAACUACUAAAAGACGAUAUUUUCAAAGGUAUGUAUAGUCCUCAUUGUGACUAUAGAACAUCAUAAUAGAUUUAACUCAAGAAGAGUCGCGUCCUCUGCCAUUACUGGCAGCACCGUGAGUGGGCUGAGUGUGAUCAGUACACAAUGUGGCCUGUUUUGGGUCAACAUUUCUAAUUAAUAUAUAUACAGAUUAUACCUGUCUGCCGUGCAAAAUAGAUGUCCGAGCAUCCUUUUGGCAUCUUGUAAAGUUCAAUAAUUCAGAAGAAACUAGUACAGCACUUUUCUUAGAACGUAAUUUCAUCAUAAAAGCGUAACUUCCGUUACGCUGUGAACUUGUAUGUGUAAGAAACUAUGUUUUCAUACCAGGUGAUCAUUUUGAAAUUAAAUUUCAGUGAAAAAUGAUAAACUAUAACUUAAAUUCAGUUUUAGAACAAUGAUAGUGGUUUUACUGUAGACAAAAGUACCUAUUGAUUGUAUUGAACAAACAUAAAGAACUUGGAAAGCUCAGUAAAUGAAAGUUUGCAACUCAUGAA